UCCGCUCUUCCCCGAAGCCCCGCCCCUUCUCCCGUCUCUCCUAGAGCGCCAAGAUGGCGGCCGAGGUGGACUUUGGCGACCGGGAGCUGUUCGAGGCUUUCGGCGGGGACGACGAGGCCCCCGGGGAGCCCGUUCACAUCCGAUUCGGGGCGGAGGAGAGCACGGCGCAGAUGGCUGUGGACGAGGGGGAGGAGGACGAGACGCAGCAAGCGGAGGCGGCGACGAACGGCGUCGAGGACGAAGAGCUGCGCGAGCGGCUGCGGCAGUCCGAGGAGAUCAUCGAGCAGCUCCGCGCCGAGAAUCAAGAACUGAAAAGGAAACUCAGCGUUCUGUCUCGACCAAGUGGGAUUUUGGUGAACAAUUCUAAAUUAGAUGGACCCUUGCUACAAAUUUUAUUUAUGAACAAUGUUAUUUCCAAGCAGUAUCAUCAAGAAAUCGAGGAAUUUGUUUCUAAUUUAGUAAAACGAUAUGAGGAACAAAAGAAAGUUGAUAUUGAGAGGACUGCCUUUAAUGUGCUGCCCCAGCCUUCCAGUAUUGUUUUGGAAGAGGACCAUAAAGUGAAGAAAUCAAAAGCAGUAAAAAAGAUUAAGGAAGCUUUUAGUGUUGUAGGAAGUGUCCUAUAUUUUACCAAUUUUUGCCUUGAUAAAUUGGGGCAACCUCUACUAAACGAAAACCCUCAGCUUACUGAAGGAUGGGAAAUACCCAAGUACCAGCAAGUCUUCAGCCAGAUUGUUUCUCUAGAAGGGCAAGAAAUACAAGUAAAGGCAAAAAGACCAAAGGCUCACUGUUUCAAUUGUGGUUCUGAAGAACAUCAAAUGAAAGACUGUCCAAUGCCUCGAAAUGCUGCUCGUAUAAAUGAGAAGAGGAAAGAGUUUAUGGAAGCCUGCGGAGAGGCAAACAACCAGAAUUACCAGCAGCGAUACCAUGCAGAGGAAGUUGAAGAAAGAUUUGGAAGAUUCAAACCAGGAAUUAUUAGUGAGGAACUUCAGGAUGCACUUGGGGUAACUGACAAGACCCUCCCACCAUUCAUAUAUCGCAUGCGACAGUUGGGUUAUCCACCAGGUUGGCUCAAAGAGGCUGAAUUGGAGAAUUCGGGACUUGCUCUCUAUGAUGGAAAAGAUGCGACUGACGGUGAAACCGAAGCAGGAGAACUGCAGAACAAAUGUGUCACUUACGAUCUCUCUAAGUUGGUCAAUUAUCCUGGCUUUAAUAUAUCUACUCCCAAAGGAAUUUCAGAUGACUGGAGGAUAUUUGGUUCUAUACCAAUGCAGGCAUCUCAGCAAAAGGAGGUUUUUGCCAGUUACUUGUCUUCUAAUUUCCAAGCAACAAGUCCCCAGUCUGGCAGUAAAAGGGCCUCGUCUCAUUAUAGUCCUUGUAGCCCAAAGAAGCAGAGAAGGGGGAGCAGCACAACGACGUCUUCAGCCACAGACAUGGACCUCGACUCAGAUAUGGAGAUACCACAUGGUUCUCAUCCGGGUGAAGGAUUUCAGUUUCAACCCCCAUUGCCUCCUGGAUCUCCCUUGAUUAGAACUCCUCCUCCAUUGCCCCAAGGGACUCCUCCUUGUACCCCACCCAGCUUUACACCUCCUCUCCCCAGGGGUACCCCUCCUCCCACUCCCAAUGACUCAGCUCAGCCCAGGAGUGCAGCUCCAUCCAUGGAUGAAGAUACUUUGACCCUGGAAGAGCUCGAGGAGCAGCAGAGGCUGAUCUGGGCUGCCCUGGAGCAAGCUGACAGUGCCAACAGUGACUCCGACCUCCCUGUCGACACACCUUUGACUGGAAAUUCUGUUUCGUCGUCUCCCUGCCGGAAUGAGCCAGAAACCCCUGCUACGGAAGGAAAAAUGACUGAAAAGCAGACAGCAGCCGAACUUGGCAUGUCAGACUCUUGUGUGCAGGUCUGUGACCCUGAGCACUCUAAACCAAGCCCUGACUCUGAGGAGGGGAUGCUUUGUGAAGAGGUCAAGAAGGAGGAGGCUGCCCAGGCAGACUCUGAGGGAGGCCUGGACAAUGGUGCCAUUGACUUGGACUGUGAGGGCAGCAGGCGUGAUCACCCCCAGGUGGUGGCCAACACGACAGCAUCCACCAAGACAAGUAGCCCUAUCCCAGACAUGAGCAAGUUUGCGGCAGGAAUAACCCCAUUUGAAUUUGAGAAUAUGGCUGAAUCUACCGGCGUCUAUCUCCGAAUACGAAGUUUACUAAAGAACUCACCCCGGAACCAGCAAAAAAAUAAAAAAACUUAAGAGCAGCAGCUUAGGGGUUAACCCGGGUGACACUGAACUUCAUCCUCACUUUGUGUUCUCUGUUGCUUGGAGAUGAACAACGUGGGCAAUUCUUUGUUUUGUUCCUGUCCUCAGUGUUUAAAAAAGAGCUACCCAAAGCUGGAUGGCAGCGUGAGCCACCGCUGGCCUAGCUUAGAGGCAGGGUUCCCUCUAAAAAGGGAAAGACUGGAUUUGCUCAUUGAGCUUUUCAUUUUCUGAGAUAAAAAAAAAAUGGGAAGAAAAAAAUGAUGUCUGAGUUCAUUUAAUUGAUAAGGUUUAUACUGUUUUUUGACUUGUGAGUUUCAGGAGUGGUAGUUUUUAAAUCUGUCCUUUGUACAUUGUUUUCUCUUUCUACAUUUUGCUAAUUGUCCUUGUAGAUAAAUUUAACAAUAAUAUAAAUUUUUUAAAGCUCUGACCGUUUUAAAUUUCUCAUAUUUCAAUGUCGACAGUCAAUUAAGAAUCAGGAAUUACUAGCUUUGGCACCAUUUGGGGUAUUUUUAUAUGUGAUUUUCCUGGGUCAAUUUUUAAUAUCACUUACUUUUUGUAACCUCAUUCUUCAUGUAAACUUGCUGCACAGAUAUGUUCAUUCUUCUGUACAGAGGUUUAAUAAAUUAGUUUUCAUAUAAAUAUU